GGGGAGGUGGCGAUUGUCAGGUUGGGUCAGGGAGGGCUGAAUCGCGCCAAGACCUGCUAGGAGUUUGGAACUAACUCCACGCGUCGCGCUCGCUGUGGGCGAACGCUCUCCCGGCUGCUACCUGGAUUUCUGAGCUGCUAUGUCCGACACGGGGCUGGUGGCUGCGAUACAGGCGGACGAGUGCGGCGUCGGCGGCGACGAUGGGAGCCGACGAGGAGGAGGCGGCGGCGGUGGUGGUGGUGCCGACGGCGCCGAGGGCGUCUCCGCGGGCUGCGCGGGGUGCGGGAGGCCCAUCCGGGACGCGUUCCUGCUGCGCGUGUGGCCCGACCUGCGGUUCCACGCCGCCUGCCUGCGCUGCGCCGAGUGCCGUGCGCAGCUGCACGAGGCCCGCUCCUGCUUCGUGCGCGCAGGCCGCACCUUCUGCCAGCGGGACUACAACCGUCUGUUCGGGGUCAAGUGCUCGCGCUGCUCGCUGGGUCUGAGCCGCACCGAGCUCGUGAUGCGAGUGCGCGGCCGCGUCUACCACCUCGCGUGCUUCCGCUGCUGGGCGUGCGCCCGGCGCCUGCUGCCGGGAGACGAGGUCUCCCUGCGCCCCGCCGGAGAGCUCUUGUGCAGGGCGCACAGCCUCCCGCCCCCACCGCACCAUCACCACCACCACCAUCAUCACAAUCAUCAUCACAGUCAUCAACAACAACAACAGCAGCAGCAGCAACAGCAGCAACUCAACGAUGCGCAUCUCGAGAAUAAUCACCAUCACCCGCAUCACAACCACCACCACCAUCAUCAUCCUCACAUCCAUAACCAGGGACACAACCAUCACAACCAUCACCACCACCACCAUCACCAGGAGCGCCCCGUUGGCGUGCCGUCGCUGAGGCCCGACAGGGCUCACAGGGGCCCCGGGGAGAAGAGGGGACCUGUGCCACGAGCCUCGUGCGGGGACCUGCACAUGUCCGGCUCGGGCAAGGCGAGCCGGGUCCGCACCGUCCUGACGGAGCGACAGCUGCAGACGCUGCGCACGUGCUACGCGGCCAACCCACGGCCCGACGCCCUCCUGAAGGAGCAGCUCGUGGAGAUGACGGGCCUGAGCCCCCGCGUCAUCCGCGUCUGGUUCCAGAACAAGCGCUGCAAGGACAAGAAGCGCACCCUGGCGGGGCGGCACGACGGAGAGCCGCCGUCGCCGGACGCCAAGACCUGCCUGCAGGGCCUGGAGGGCAAAGCCCUGGUGGCGCGGAGCCCCGUGACGCAGGACAGCGAGGCGGAGGCCGAAGCUGCCGGAGCCGGCGGUGGGUGUGGCGGCGGCGGCGCCGUGGCGGUGCGCGCCUCCCCACAGCCCCCCUCGUGGCGAGCGCUCGCCGCCUUCGCCCUGCGCGCCCAGCUGCAGCCCCUGCCCUCCACCAGACAAGCGGCGAGUUUGUCCGACUCGGGCUCCUGUUCGGACUCGUCGUCGGCGAGUGACGUCACCCUGCUGCCAUCCCAUCUGCCCGACACCCCCACCAGCCUGGCGUCAGACCUCUGCUCCGAGUCAUAACCGCACGCGGUUUCACACACGCUCCAACCUACACCCCCCCCCCCCCUCCUCCCACUGCCACACCGCCAACCCUCGCCCGCCGUUCCCACUGGGCAUGUAACGAUACAUUCAUUUGGUCUCGUUUGUGUUGUGUUAUCUGUAUCGCCUGUCUGGUUUGUUCUCUGCGUUACCUUGUCUUGUGCAGUAUGUCUGCUGAGCAAGGUCUUGUUUGUUCUAGCUGUGUUCCGUGUCUUCUGUCUCGUUCUGUUACCUCAUUUGUCUUCUCUCAAUUGUUCCGACUCAUGUCCUCUGCCCUUGUUCUGCCUCAUCUGUACAGUCUCGCUUGUUCUGUCCCGUUGUUAUUUCCAUUUCAGCUUGCGUUGCUCAUCUUGUGUCUUCCUUCUCGGUCGUUCCAUUAGCCUCCGUGUAACAUUUGCAUGAAAUGUGCACGUGACGAGCUUUGUAAUUGAAUCGAUUCUCGCACGCGCGAUACGACGACGUUCGUAACGAUACCUGCGUGAGAGUCGAUUCCGAUCGAUGAUGCGUCGUUACAUGCCUAGCCUCUCCACCACCUGGUGGGGAACGCCACGGCCCAAGGGCCGGACGCGGUCCACUCCUUCGUUUCAUAUGGCCCCUUCAUUUUGUACGACCCGCCACCACUUGUAAACGGCCCACAAACGACACCUGUCCAUCACUGCGAGCGCCUUGGCCGCUCUAAUCGGGUACUAGAGGGGAAUAUUUUAGUGUCGCGCUCAGCCAUGCCUGUACAUAUCCAGCAGUGGGAGAAGUGACUGGGCUGUGUGUGUGUGUGUCUGUGAAUGUGUGGUUGACUGCCAAAGGUAUUUGGAAGUCAUAUUUGGUCCUGAGUAAGCAAUAGGUUUCCCAUCCUUGGUCUACACCAACCACCCUGCACCCUCUUGCUCUCCUCCUGCUGCUGUACUUCACAGCUCGUACACCUGCACACAGCUCCCACACCUGCACACAGAUCUCACACCUGCACACAGCUCCCACACCCCCGUUGGUGGCGUCCCUGGAAGACGACGCAAGACGCACGACGCUCUCCCCAGCUCGGCUUGCUCUGUGACAUCGCACUCGGUCGCCCGCUCGCUCGCGUACAUCGAACCUCCUGCUCUGCUCUUGAGGUGACACAGCUGGGUUGGGAAAUCUUUGAGCCAGUAAUCUUCUCACUGGGCCCUACCGAUCCUCAUUCAUGGAGCGGCGGGGGGGGGGGGUUAAAAGGGGUGGGUGAUCUAACGGUCUGCGGUUGCUUUGUGGUGUUGUGGAGUCCGAGCUGCUAGGAUGACACGGGAAGUUGCGCCGGCGUGUCGCGUAAGUCACGGGAGGAACGAGUCGGCACGACCGCGCAGCUUUUGGGCACGAUGUCCAACGAUUUGCUUCUUGCAGAAGGACCCAUUGCGCGGAGUGAAACGUCGGACAUCGCGCCGAAGAGCACGCGGUCCGUCGCGGGUGCGGUGUCGGGACAGCUGAACAAGCAGGCAUACGGAUCAUUUGAUGAAAUUCAAAAAUGACGAUUGUGUAGAUAAUGUAUCGGUGAAUGUAAAUAACAUAUUAUAUAUUCCUGCUUUGAUAAGGCAGCGGUCUGUUUACUCGUUCCUACCUUAGCCGGCGCGACACGUUCGCGCAUUUACCCGGCGCUCACCCCAGGUUGCAAUUGAAUUAGCUACUUAGUCGCGUAUGAAAUUGCUGCUUCGGUGAAUUCACACGAUGGACACCAGGUUGAUUAAGAACAAUACUUGCACGGGGUUGUUUUGUUAUCUUAUUACCAUCGUUGAUAUAUCUGAUAUCCAACCCAUUCAUCAUUUCCAGGAUAUCGUAGCCUCCCUCGCUGCAAACCUCUAUUUUCCUGAAGAAGGCCCAUAAGCCGAAACGUCAAUAAAUGUAUUUCCUUGGGUUCACCUGCACUUAAUGUAUUUCAUACCGUCACCCAGACUGAUCUACUCAUGCAACAGCGGUUGUGAAUUGGCCACCGAUGCUUCUUUUAAUCUAGAUUUAAAACUCAUUUCUUUAGAGCUGCUUUUUUGUGUUCAGUUCGUUGUCCUUCACCCGCACAUCCGAUUAGCGCGGUUG